AUGGAAAGCUGCCAGAAUGAACCAAAAAAAAAACAAACAUCCAGUGCUUUGACUAGGGGCAGAGGUACGAGCCGUGUAGACGGACAAUAGGAUCUAGCUGUGGUCACACUUCAGAAAUAUUAUCCAUGUGGACACAGGUGGCUUGAUCUAGCUGCGGUCAAGAGCUAGAAAUAUCAGUAAGUACACCAGGACUUGGCUAUAAUCUGUACUUAUCUUUUAUUUUUUUAAUAUGGUCACAGAUUUUCCAUCUAUGCUAUGUCUGGCUCCAUAAAGAAUUGUUUUGCUGUGCAGACAUAGAUUGCAUUGCCACUCAUUACCAAGCAUAGAAAGAUUCAAUCCUUUGGACCGGAAGCAAUCCCUUAGAACAGGGGUACCGAAAAGGGUGUUUUGAAACUACAGCUUCCGUGAUGCUUUGUCAUUCUAAAGGCAUGUUAAAGGUAUGCAAAGCAUCAAGGGAGUUGUAGUUCUGCAACAUCUGUAGAUCUACCUUUUGGGCACCCUUGCCCUAGAACAGCAUUUCCCAAUUGGUGUUCUGCAGAACCCUAGGGUUUCCCAAGAACACAAUUGGGGUUCCGCUGCAUUUUUCCACAUCCAAGAUGGCUGCCGCUACCUGCUGUUCCCAGAAGGUUGGAAACAGGAGAAAUCGCGGAAGCAUGAUCUUAAGCCUACCUUGCCGCCAGAGCCCACCCUGCCAUCAGCCAGCCACUUAGCUUGUCCAAGAGAGAGCCCAUCCAGCUGUCAGCCAUUUUCUAUCACUCGUGGUAGAGGAGUGAUAGAGAGUGGAGCUGAUAGUUAAAGCUCUGUUAGGUAGCAACAUAGAAAGCUCUGUUAGGUAGCGACAUAGCCUCAGGGGCAUUAAAAUUCUCUGUUAGGGGGGCGGGGCCUGACAGCCAACCGAGUAGGUCGCAUGCUGCUGGAGCUCCUCAGGGAAAAUCACUUACGAAGCCUAAAUUGGAAAUUUUUGUUCUAUAAUCUGGGGCAAAGCUUGCCUCUAAUCUUGAGGAAUAAUCUGCCAACACUCUGGCUUAAAUCCUGCCUGCAGCUGGCGGACACAGCAGAAGACUGACAGGUCUGCGGCCUGAAUCUGCACUUGAGAGCGGGGAAACGGCCGAUCCCCGGCCUUGAGUGGGAGCUUGUGGAAGCUGAGCCCUGUUUCUACCCUCCCACCGGUGGGGGUUAUCCCGGUCCUCACUGGCGCUCUGACCCGACCGCCUAGCCAGGACUUACUGCUUUCCCGCGCCUAUGUGACACGAGGCUUCACUCGACAAGAUGGCCACUCCACCAGACCCCUUUGCCAUGAACCUCAGUUGAACCAAUACUCCUAGCGUUUGACCGCAUCUGUGAGCGCUUCUGGGCACAGCUACAUGGCAAACAACCUACCUCAACUCCUGAAAAUGCGUCGGCACCUCGAAGCGGUCCUGCAGCGUGUAACCGACCCAACUUGACUCCACCACGUGCUCCCCGGGCGGCGCAGCACAGGAGCCGGCGGCAAACUGCUAGACUGCAUCGCAAGCACCCGACUAACCGCAGCUGCAAAACAAGGCUCCAUCAGCCUCAGCGUGACCGACAUGAAUGGCAGACUCCAACUGCUUACACAUAUGGGAGCAGAGACAAGACCCCGCGGAUGCAAACUCUGCCUGCUGACAGUGUCCAGGUGCCGGUGAGGACCACAGCGGACUCUGCCGGUUUGGGCACCAUGGGGGGGGCUUAA